AUGACUCGCUUCACAAAGGUGGCUAUGAGCAUACCCGACCUCCACCCCGAGGUGCAUUUACACACCAUCAAAAGCGGACUCCGACCAGGAAAAUUCCAAGAGGCUAUUGCUGUCGCCAAACCAAAAACUUUGGCCAAGUUCUAUGAAAAGGCAAAAGGUCAGAUUGACAUUGAAGAACCCCGACAAGCUCGAAAAAUAGAAAAAUCCUGGUACAAAGAAGAAGAUAAACCACGGGAUAGUAAGAAAAGUUUUAAACAAUUCCCUCGUUAUGAAUCCUAUACUCAGUUCAAAAUAAAGUGCGAGGAUAUCAUCAAGGAGAUCUUAAAUUCCAAAUUGAUCAAGCCUCCACAGAAGGUUGGCAACUAUCCAUAUUCAAAGGGUGUAGACAAAUCAAAGUAUUGCACUUUUCACCAGAAGCAUGGACAUACCACUGAUGAAUGUGUCAUCGCCAAAGACCUCUUAGAGCGACUAGCUUGGCAAGGCCAUCUUGAUAAAUACAUUGGCAGCCAUAUACAACAUCGUUCCCCUUCCUCUGGCGACCAUACCUCGGUAGGACAGCACAACCGAGACAAAGAAAGGGCGAGCACAAGUCAUCCUGAACAACCAAGAGGAAUUAUUAACUAUAUUUUUGGAGGUUUUGCAGGUGGAGGCACAACAAGCCUGGCAAGGAAAUGUUCUUACCGAGCUAUGUUAUCGAUAGAAGCCAGCCCAAACAAUCCUCAAACGCUUUCUCGCUUUCCUCAGAUGAUGUUUCAAUCCUCCGACUUCGAUACAACUACAACAAAUCUAGAUGACCCUAUUGUAAUCUCCAUCCAGUUAGGAGAUCUUUUGGUCAAACAAAUACUACUGGAUCCAGGGAGUAGUGCUAACGUUCUUUUCUAUUCAACAUUCCAGAAGAUGAAACUAAGUAACAACAUACUACAACCUUCCACUGGAGAUUUGGUCAGAUUUUCAGGAGCAACAUACCAACGCCUUAUGGACAAGGUAUUUGCAGCACAGAUCGGCAGAAACCUCAAAGUUUAUGUUGACGACAUGGUAUCCAAAACAAAGCUCGGCAACAAUCAUCUUGACGACCUUACAGAAAUAUUCAACCAAAUCCGAAAAUAUAAUAUGCAGCUUAAUCUUGAGAAAUGUGCCUAUGGCGUACAAGGAGGCAAAUUCCUCGGUUUCAUGCUCACCAACCGCGGAAUAGAAGCCAAUCCAGAAAAAUGCUGA